AUGUGUGCAUUGCUCGCGCAGCAUCGGCGGCUGCUGCUGCUCGGGCUGCUGCUGCUCUCCAGUGUCUGUGCUGCAGCAACAGCAAAGGAGGGCGCAGCAGCAGACGCGGCGGCGGCCCCCGCAGGUGCUGCUGCGGCGCCGGCGGCGCCGCAGCAGCAGCAAAAACCCGCAGCAGCAGCAGCAGCAGCAGCGGGAAGCAGCGAUCUCGAGGCUUGCCAAAAGAAGCUGACUUAUGCAGAACAAAGGGCUGAAAAUGCGGAGAGCGAUUUGCUGUCGUUUAGACAGAAGCACGAGGAAGCCCUUGCUGCGUGCACGACGCGGCUGCAGCAGCAGACGCAGCAGCAGCAGCAGCAGCAGCAGCAGCAGACUGAGGCCCUCCGCACCCGCCUAAACGAGGAGCUCAAAGUCAAGUCAGAGCUGGAGGCGAAGCUGCGGCAGCAGCAGCAGGAGACGCAGCAGCAGGAGGCAGCAGCAGAAGACCUGCGCGACCAGCUGCACACGGCGCAGAAACAGCUGCAGCGCAUGCAGCAGCAGCAGCAGCAGAGCGGAGCAGCAGGCACCCUGGACAAGGUCAAAGAUGUUGCCUCCGACUUGGGUCAAAUGUACCUUGUUGCUGUUGAAACAGCAGUUGCUGCUAUACCGCUGAGUGUGCGCGAUGCAGUGCAGCAGCAAACAGCAGCAGCAGCAGCAGCAGCAGGCGAGCAGCUGGGAAAGGUGUACGUACACCUCGAGCCCUAUGUGGAAACGACCAAGGACUUCUACUACGCGUACGUACACCCGCACGCUGUAGCAGCGGCAACUUGGGCGGCGAAGACUGGCAGCAGCGCAGCAGCAAGAGCUGCAGCAGCAGCAAACCAGCAGCUGGACGCGGCCCUUGCUGCGGUGUACGUACAGCAGCCCCACCUGCGGCCAAUGGUGCCGGCAGACAUCCAGGGGCGGCUGCUGCUGCUGCUGCUGCUGCUGGCGACUGCUUAUAUGGCGGGCUGUUUGCUGCUGCGCUGCUGCCGCAUGCUGUGCAGCUGCUGCUGCCGGCGGCGCAGCCGCAGCAGGCGCGGCAACAAGAAGGUCUUUGCUGCUGACACGCCAGCAGCAGCAGCAGCAGCAGGCAGCAGCAAAACAGGACUGGGGCCCCGCAUGGGAAGGGAGACAGCCCAAACCCCACAGCCAAUGCCCCCGAGGCCCUUUGACCUAGACAAGAGGCGGCGGCAGUGA